CAGAAAAUAACCCACAGGAUAUAAGCAUAUGCAGUGCAGACGAUUCAUGUUGAAGGCGGCUUCCUCAAAGGCACUCAGCAAGUUUCCAAGCUUUGGAAUUGCUACCUACCUACAUGCAGGGAAUGUGGCUGCUCUGGUUACAGCUGUUCUUCUCUGUUCUGCGGUUCAAUACUUCCAGUUGCAGCACUAGCUCUCGUCAACGAGGGCACCAACCGCAGUGACACCUUCCUUCUUCUCUCCGAAUGUAGCACAUAAUUUUCUUCACUCGUGCACAUACGUGAGUCGCGUCUGGAGGAUGCUGUGCGCCUCCCUUUCUCAGAUACACUGUUCCAAAGCCAUAGCAUUGCUUUAGGUCCUCAUGCAGAGACAGUAACAAGUCGCAGGCUGCUGGAGCAGCUCUUGGAGCAACAGCUUGGUUGACACAAGUAUUGCGAUUAAUUGAUAAAUCAGUCGGAACGAGUUUAAGGGGCUAAGAAUUUCAAGCAGCGAUCUUAUCAGGAGGAGGUACCACAAUCUCUGUAUACACUCGAAAACCAAGGCAGGACCUCAGCCACCCUGUCCCUUGACUUGAGGUAAGCAUUAUUAGGGCAAUUAUGGAUCCAAAAUAUGGGGAAGGGGCUUACGGCGUCGACCGGGCGACACUCUACAAGCAGGGUUUUGUGGAGCAUAUCAAAGGGCUCGCUCACACCCCCAGUCGCCUCCAUGAGCGGCUGUUUGCUCGGAGGACUAUUGAGAGCCAGCUGUCACAUGAUAAGGCGGAGUCGGGGGUGGAGAUGGUCCGUAAGCUAUGGUGGCUGGACAUGAUCAUCUUUGGAGUGGGCAGUAUGGUCGGCGCUGGCGUGUUUGUCAUCACGGGUGUCGCGGCCAACGGUCUCUCGGGGCCCAGUGUCAUUCUUUCCUACAUUGUUUCAGGUAUCGCGGCCCUGCUGUCGGCCCUCUGCUACACGGAGUUUGCCGUGCAGCUCCCCGUGGGGGGCGGCGCCUUUGCUUACGUCGCGCUGACGUUCGGCGAGUUCCCCGCUUACAUCACCGCGUCGAUGCUGCUCAUGGAGUACGUCUUAUCGGCCGCCGCCGUCGCGCGGUCGUUUACGUCAUACCUUGCGGCGUUGUGCAACCAGGACAGCGGGAAGUUUCUCAUCCACACGCCGGAUUACGACCUCGAUUUCAUCGCCGUGGGAAUAAUCAUACUGCUUUCGGUGUUACUCUGUUGGAGCACGAAGGAGAGUUCGAGUUUCAACCUGGCGGUAACGGCGGUGCACCUUACGAUCAUGAUAUUCAUCAUCAUCGCCGGGUUUGCAAAGGGCGACGGCGACAAUUUGAAGCCGUUUGCGCCGUUCGGGGUGCGAGGCGUUUUCAACGCCGCAACGCAGGUCUUCUUCUCGUACAUCGGAUUCGACGCCGUUGCUACGAUGGCCGAGGAAGUGAUCCGCCCCGAGCGCGAUCUGCCCAUCGGAAUCGUGGGCUCGGUCCUCUUUACCACCCUGCUCUACGUCGGCAUGGCCCUCGCUCUAGUUCUCCUCCAGCGCUAUGACAUGAUCGACCCCGACGCGCCGUACGCGGCCGCGUUCCAGGCGAUCGGGUGGAGCUGGGCCAAGUACAUCGUCGCACUGGCCGCGCUUUUUGGAAUCAUCACAGUGCUUAUGGUUAAUCUGCUGGGGCAAGCGCGGAUCCUGCUCGUCGUCUGCCGCUCCCACCUACUGCCUUCUAUCUUCGCGAAAAUCAACCCCAGAACACAAACCCCCGUCAACUCAACCAUUAUCCUGGGGAUCUUAUGCGCGGCCAUCGGUUUCGUAACCGACUUCGCAACCCUGGCCAACAUGGUGUCAAUUGGCACCUUGUUCGUCUUCUUCGUCGUGGCCGCGUCGCUCAUCUUCCGGAGGACCUAUGCGCCGGGUGUGAAUAAGCCCUGGCUGCCGCUUAUCCACAUUGUCAUCAUCGCACUUUUCGCCAUCGGCAUGUCGACAUACUACCGGGUUGAGACCAAGAAUUGGUACGGCAUCGCCGCGUUCGCGGCCGCGUGGGCGGUCACCACCCUCUCUCUGCACAUCACGUGCCCAACCGUGUACCGCGCGGAGCGCUGGUCCGCACCGCUCAUGCCAUGGCUCGCUUCCGCGUCUAUGCUUUUGAAUGCCUUCCUACUUGGCACUCUUGACUACAAAUCGUACAUCCGGUUUGGAGUCUGGGCCGGAAUCGCGACUUUCAUCUACAUCGUUUACGGAGUCCACGCCUCGUGGCGCCACGCUCAACAUCUGAAAACCGUCGAGACGCAAGGCCGGCACGACCAGGAGCUCAAGUACAUUGCGGAGCACCGAGGGGAAACCUAGCGGGUCUCGUGGGCGGGCGAGGGCAAGCCCGGCGGCUUUGCCGGACUUGGGGGAUAAGCAAUGCGGGCAGUCUGGUUCUGGGCAGAGUAACUUACGCGUUUUUCGAUUUUCUCAUAUGGGGUUCUGGUUUCUUGUGGGGACAGCUUAAGAUUAUAUGAGGAAGGACUGUCGGAAAGAAGGGGGUGAGCGCAUAUUUCCGUCUCAGGGAAGACGCCUAAAGAAAGCGGCUAGGGGCGUCUCUUUCGGACCGGAGAGCCAGACUUUGCGGCCGGUUCGAACGGAGGGAAUGGGUCCAAGCGGGUCGAAUUAUUUGCUCGAGGGUUUCAUCUGAG